AUGAUCUAUUUGUUUAUCGGAUUUCUUGCUCCAGCAAUUUUAUUCCUUAUUCUUGGCCUUUUUGCAUGUCUUCGAAAAACGACUAGAUUUGACGAUAAAGAUUACCAGUCAAUUCAUUCAAAUGAUGAAAAUAAUGUGUAUGUUUAUGUUUUUAUCUGAUUUAUAGAAAAUAUGUUGGGUUGAAAUUCCAAAUUCUGAAGAAAAAAAUUUUCAGACGUAUUCGUAUGCCAUCGCCAGCAGUCAGCGAUGCUUCAAGCUAUCAAAUGAUUUAUGAAAAUCCACAUUUUAUUGAAUACAAACGUCCGCCAAGUUAUCAGGAAGCUUUACGUCAAAAAUCAUGGUACCUCAUUUUUUUUACAAUUUUUUUCUUCAAAAUACUGUGAUUUUCAGUAACUCCAGUAGCCGCCAUUUGCCUCCAAAUCGUCCCAAAAUUUUGGAGCAACCAGUCACACCUCAACAGUCAUAUAUCGUGUAUUAA